AUGCAGUUGAUAGUAUUUACAGUAUUAUUAUAUUGGAUAUGUCAAGUCACAUCUAACCCAACAACUGAAACUGAAUGGAAAUUAUUUAAGCAGCAGUACACUAAACACUACGAUACAACAGAAGACAAAUACAGACGCACUAUAUGGGAAGAUAACAAGAGAUACACCGAAAAACACAAUUCGGAAGCUGCAGCCGGUCUUCAUACCUAUACAAUGGGUCUAAAUAGCUACAGUGAUAUGAAACAUGAAGAAUUUGUAAAAAUAAUGAUGGGUUUAAAAAUAUCGGCCAACCCAAUACCGGGGAAACCGUUUGUACCAACAGUGGAGGUAGGACGACUUCCUGACACAAUGAAUUGGACAGCAUUAGGAUAUGUGACAGAAGUUGGAAACCAAGGUCAAUGUGGAUCGUGCUGGGCAUUUUCUGUGAUAGGAGCAUUAGAAGGCCAGUGGUUUCGAGCUCAAAGGAAAUUAGUCCGAUUGUCUGUUCAGGAUUUAAUGGACUGUUCGAAAUCAGUCGGAAACCAAGGCUGUGAAGGAGGAUUUAUAGAUAAAAGCUACAAAUUUAUACGUGAUAAUCAUGGAAUUGACACUUGGAAAUCAUAUCCCUAUGAUGCUAAGAACGAAAAAUGUCGUUUUAAUAACGACACUAUUGGAGCAACUUGCAGGGGAUACACUGACAUUAAAAAGGGCAAUGAAGAUGACCUGUAUGUUGCUGUUGGCUCGAUCGGUCCCGUGGCUGUCGCUAUAGAUGCUUAUCAAGAGUCGUUCUCAAUGUACAAGAGUGGAGUGUACGAUGAACCUAAGUGUACUACAACAAGACUAUCUCAUACUUUACUUGUGACUGGUUACGGAAAAUAUAAAGGGAAAGAAUAUUGGUUAGCUAAAAAUAGUUGGGGUACUUCCUGGGGAAUGAAUGGUUACAUUAUGAUGUCAAGAAAUAAAGAUAAUCAGUGUGGUAUAGCAAGCUUGGCCAGUUAUCCAUUAGUCUAAUGGCUAACAAAGAUUAUUUACGCAGUCUAGUGGAUCAGUAAUACGGACGCUUACUUACUCACAACCGAACAAUAACCUGUUAUAAACUUAUACCAUUAGAAUAAUAUGCGCUAUAUAUGUUUAUGGUAUUUGAAUAUGAA